ACGGCUUUCCAUAAGUGUAGGCCAAUUAGGUCCGGAAGUGAUUGACCAAAAGGCCACACACAACAUGCACUGUGCAUCACUAGCGCUUUCUCGAUUUCUACUCUACUACUAGUUCUAGGUUCGCUAUACGCAUUCGUCGAAAGCGGAACCCACUCGUGUGUAGCCUCAAACCUGCAUUCCAUUCUCGUGGGCCUUUACCUGCCGCACUGGUGCAAUGAGUGCCAUCAAUGAAACAUCCAAGCAAGAGGCCGAGGGUGAACAAGAGGACAAGCCAAACUGUCAUGACACUGGUGGCAAGGUCCGCGAGAGAAAGCAGGGGCAUCCUCGGAGGACCCAAACACAGGAAAAGACAUCUGCCAGUGACAUCUGUGGCCAAGACUCCUCGUUGAGUACUACGCUUCAACAGAAUCAGAAGGUGGACACUAACAAGGAACCAUUCUUCUGUGGCAUCUGUGGCAGAGGCUUCUUAGAGAGAAGUGCCGUACUAGAACAUCUGAGUGUCCACGCAAAUGCGAAAUCCUUUGCUUGUGAUAUUUGUGGGAGUCUCUUCUCACGGAGAAGUGGCCUUCAAAGACAUCAGAGGGUCCACACUAAUGAAAAACCAUUCACCUGUGGCUAUUGUAGCAAAGGCUUCUCUCAGAAGAGUCACCUGAAAACUCAUGAAAGAGUGCACACUAAAGAGAAGCCGUUUAUUUGUGACGUUUGCGGCAAAGGCUUCUCGGACCAAAGUACCAUACGACAACAUCAGAGGGUGCACACUAAAGAGAAACCAUACGUUUGCACCAUUUGUAGCAAAAGCUUCACGACGAGUAGCCACCGACAACGACAUCACAGGGUCCACACUAAUGAGAAGCCAUUUGCUUGUGGUACUUGUGGGAGAUGCUUCGCACUGAAAAAUGACCUUCGAAGACACCAGCGGGUCCACACUGAUGAGAAGCCAUUUCUCUGUGAAAUCUGUGGCAGAGCCUUCUCACAGAGUAGUCACCUUAAAACUCAUACCAAAUUGCAUGCCAGUGAGAAACCCUUUGUUUGCGACUUUGGAGCAGAGGUCUCUCGUGCAAGAGUAGUCUUCCCCACACCAACAUCAGAGGGUCUACACAAGUGAGAGACCAUUCGCUUGUGAAUAUUGUUAAAGAGGUCUCUCACCCAGAAGCACCCUUCCUGGAACAAUCUUAGGGUCUACUCUGAUGAGAAACCAUUUUGUUUUGGUAUAAUGCCAAUGAUACAACCAUUGAUUUGCACUGCCUGUCUGUAUUUAAUUUAUUAUUUAUCUGGCACACGUGUUUCCUCCACUCCCGUGUAAGCACAGAUCUGUUGUAGACUUCACAUGUCAUGUUUAUAAAAGUGAU